ACAACAACGCACAACUAAAGCAAGCAUUGCAAGCACAUUGCGUUGAAAGUGACAAUAAAAGUACGGCGAAGACAAAAAUACAAAAAAAAAAAAUAUUUAACACAGAAGCAAUUUGCGCUCUUUGGAGAAAGCGAAUUAAGAAUUUUCUACAAAAGGACUUUAGCGCGGCGAACUGUGUGAAAGACAAGCGACGGAGCCAACAAGCAGCCAGCAAAGCAGAUAAACAGCAGCAGACACGUGGACACAAGCAGAAAAAACAGCAACAAAAGCGGCAACAGGAAAAUCAAAUAAUAUACACAAAGGGUGACACGGCGUAUGAGUAACUGGAAAUUCAUAAAAUUUCUCACAAAAAGCAAGCAAUUGAGUGAAGUUUGAAGCGACUCAUUUUUCGACUGAUUUGCAGUUAAAAUAAUAUAAAAAACGGUGUAAGCUGACUUUGUUUUGAAAAGUGCUAAUAACACAUAGAAACUCGGCAGCAAGCAGAAAAAUAUUGCUAUAAGUGUAAACUGUAUUAAGCAACCAUAAGAAAAUUCCAAAAAUUCCAAUAAUUAAUAGCUAAUAAAACCUACAGCAAGUGUAGUUAAAUAGCUACAAAAACAUUGACAAAAAAACCAUAAAAAAAUAUAUUAAAAAAAAAUAAAAAACUGUAAACUGCAAACGUAUUAAAUAGCAAUAAAACGCGCAAAACUGCUGCGUAGCUAUUUCAUGCCAAUAAAAAGUCAACAACAACAAUAACUUUAAAAUACUGCACAAAACAUAUACCCAACUCAAUUAAAAUUAUUACAUGCCAUAAAUCAAUUAAUUAAAUGCACAUAAAAAUCAACUGAUAAUGCGACGGCAAACUGCGUAAAAAAAUCACCAAAACAGUGCUUGAUAAAAAAUUGGAAAGUGCAACACAAGCAGCUUUUUUUAAGCACACAAAGUGUUACAAGUGAAGUGGUUGUUGAAAAAACACAUUGUGCAAAGUUAAAGUUUGCACAAAAAGUGGCUUAAUUUUAUAUAAAGCGAAAUUUAUUGAAAUAUUGGCAGCGUGAGUGGCUGAGAGCGCCACAGUUUGUGCAAAAACCUGGAAAAGAUCAAGCAAAAUACAGUGCGUCUUUUUAAAGCAUUAAUCCGAAAUUGUGUGUGCAUGAAAACUUUUCUAAAAUACCAAUACUGUCAAAGUGAGUUUGUGCUAUAAUCUUUGUGCUAUAAAAUUUUCAUUGAUGUGCUGAAAUUCUAACAGAUGAAAAUAUGAAUUACCAAAAAGGCAUUAAGGAUCCCAAUUUGGAGCGGCAUACAAAAGGUAAAACACGUCAUUUCACGGUGAACGGUUUUAAUACGCAUGCACAGCAGCAACAGCAACAACAACAAGUGCAAUUGCAAAGCCAGAGUGACGUGCGUAAUAUUUACAAUAAUCCUUAUACGCCACCAACAGCACCGACAACAACAUUGAGCCAACAGCAGCAGCAAACACAUCGUUUGCAGCAGCAGCAACAACAACAGCAAUUGUUGUACAAGUCUAUUGCUAGCGGUGUUGUUGGUAAUAGUGGCACGAAUCAAUACGAUUACCCACCAACGGCAGCGAGUGAACAUCAGCAUCAGCUACAACAGCAGCAACAACAACUGCAACAGCAACUUCAGCUACAACAACAGCAGCAGCAGCAACAACAAUUGAGCAACGUCUUGGAAGCAGACAAUAACACCUUCACCAGUCAUAAUAAAGGUAGGACAGACAAAAAUUUAUAUUUUUCGAUUUAUUGUUGCUUUGUUAAAAGGUGGUAGGGUAUUAUAUGGAUAC